AUGUCUGACGCAGAGGAGGAAGUCAUGGCGAACGAGUACCGCGAGGCGGCCCAGUACGAUGGAAUGGACGACCUCGAUCGGGUACCGUCCAUGGGCAGCGGCGGAGACAUUCAGGCGCAACUCGCAGCCGCAGCGACACCUCUCGAGUUCCAAGCGACCCUUGAGACCAAAUUUGCGAGCUACGACAACUACUGCAACCUGUUCCACUUCAUCUUGAACUCGGACGGGCCUGUAGAUAUCGAUGUUCCCAACUCUUCGUGGGCCUGGGACGUCGUCGACGAGUUCAUCUACCAAUUCAACAGCUUCUGCGGCUACCGCCAAAAGGUCGCUUUCAAGCACGAGAACGGGGAGGAGAUUCAACUUCUGCGGGAGAACCCUAACACGUGGGGUUGCUACAGUGUGCUCAACGUCUUAUACUCUCUCAUCCAGCGAUCACAAAUAAGCGAGCAGCUGAACGCGGUCAAGCGAGGAGAGGAUGCGAAACAAUACGCAGGAGAGUAUGGCUCAAGGCCGCUGUACCAGAUGCUCGGAUACUUUUCCGUCAUCGGUCUUCUGCGCGUACACUGCCUGCUGGGAGAUUUCAGUCUGGCACUCAAGACGCUGGACGACAUUGAGCUCAACAAAAAGUCCAUGUUCCCCCGUGUCAUGGCCGCUCAGUUCACCACCUAUUACUACGUUGGUUUCUCCUACAUGAUGAUGCGCCGCUACGCCGACGCAAUCCGCAUGUUCAGCCACAUCCUCGUCUACGUCUCUCGGACGAAGAACUUCCAGAAAAACGCCCAGUACGACUCGAUUACGAAGAAGAACGACCAGAUGUACGCUCUCAUCAUGAUCUGCGUGGCCUUUCACCCUACCCGACUGGACGACACCAUCCACACGGCGCUUCGCGAGAAGUACGGAGAGCAGUUCAACAGGUUACAGCGCGGUGGACCUGAGAACCUGCCCCUCUUCGAGGAGCUUUUCCGAUCCGCCUGCCCCAAGUUCAUCAACCCCACCCCGCCAGAUUUCGAUAACCCGGAAAUCAACAUCGAUCCGGUUGAGCACUACCUCGGCAUCUUCAUGGAUGAGGUCAAGAACACCAUGAUGUCGCCUACGGUCAAGAGCUACCUUAAGCUUUACUCCACAAUGGAUUUGAAGAAGCUUGCUGGAUUUCUUGAGGUCGACCCGGAGAAGCUGAGGUGCUGGCUGCUUGUCAACAAGCAGAGGAACCGACAGUUGAGGUGGAGCGAGGGUGGACUGCUUGAGGGGGAUAUUGUGCACAGCAGCGACCUUGACUACGCCAUGGAAGGAGACCUUAUUCAUGUCUCUGAGGCGAAGGUGGGUCGCAAGCUCGUUGACUGGUAUCUGCGCAACCUGGCUAGGACGUAUUAG